AUCAGUAUGUUUGGUGUUAUCAAGUCUAUGCCAAGAGGUGCUAGUCGCUUACAAUUAACAGCAAAGAAAGGACACAACUAUUAUAAAGGUACUGGUUCUGGUGCUAUGGGUAGACACACCAAGAACGGCGGUUACUUGGUUGACUGGAAUAAGGUCAGAACCUUUGUUGUUCCUGAUCUCGAAAACUUUUCUCUUGGACCUUAUGUUUCUCGCAAGACACCCAUUUUACCCAAAAAGACAAACCAUUAGAAAUAAUAAAAAAAAAGAACUGUGUAUAGUAA